AUGAAGCUCUCUAUCUUCUCUGCGGCUCUGCUCACCGCGUCCGUCAACGGCCAUGGCAUGUGGCAGAAGCUUAAGGUCAAUGGCGUGGACCAAGGUCAAUCCAACGGUAUCUCACCACCGUCGUCCAACAACCCUGUUCAAGUUGUCAGCGGAGCAUCAAUCGCUUGCAACACGGGUCUGAAGAAGAGCAAUACUGUCAUCACUGUACCUGCCGGUGCUAAAGUCGCCAGUUGGUUUCAACAUGUUAUCGGAGGUGCUCAAUACGCCAACGAUGCUGAUAAUCCGAUUGCGGCUAGUCACAAGGGUCCAAUCCAAGUUUACCUUGCCAAGGUUGACGAUGCCGCCACUGCUUCAAACUACAACGCCCUUUCCUGGUUCAAAAUUGCUGAAGAAGGACUGAAUACCCAAACCGGCAAAUGGGCUGUCGACACCAUGAUCGCCGGCCAAGGCUGGUGGGAGUUCACGAUGCCAACCUGUGUCGCCCCUGGUCAAUACCUCAUGCGCAUCGAGCUGCUCGCUCUCCACUCCGCUUACUCGUCAGGCGCCGCACAAUUCUAUAUGUCGUGCGCGAACAUCCAGGUCACGGGUAGUGGAACUAGCACGGGAAGUCAGCUUGUGAAGUUCCCGGGCGCGUAUAGUGCGAAUGACCCUGGAAUUAUGCUUAAUAUCUACUCGAGUGGAAAGCCUAGUGUGCCAAAUAAUGAUGGGAAGCCUUAUAAGAUUCCAGGUCCAGCGAAGUUGCAGUGCUAG